AUGUCGAAUUUCGACGCGGCACCCCCUAAUACUCAUGCGGGUGGGAACGAUAAUGCCCUUCGGGGCCAAGGCUCACUUCCAAUGAACCCGACUACCAACGCCGACGAAAGGGUUGACAUGGGCGCAUACAGAAAAGAUGUUCCGCGAUGGAAGCAAAUCUACCAACACAGCUUGACGCAGAUGCUGCUACUGAGUGUGCAGGCUUUCUGUGGGCCGGCUAUGGCAGAUGCUAUUGCAGGCCUCGGCGGUGGUGGUUUGGCGACUCCUCAGACUUCCAACAUAGCUACCGCAAUCAACUACGCUAUGCUCGCUACAGUCUGUUUAUUCGGCGGCCCGCUCGUGAACAAGUUGGGCACAAAGUGGGCGCUGGUCAUUGGCGCCAUGUCGUUCCCUAUCCGCGGCUCGUCUUAUUACUGCAACAGCAAGUUUGGUAAUCAAUGGUAUCUCAUCUUCGGUGGCUUCGUUACGGGCAUAGGUAGCGGAUGUUGGUAUGUUGCCGAGUCUGGAUCCAUUAUGUCACUCGCACCGGCGAAUUCCCGUGGCAAGUAUCUCGCCCUAUGGAUUGUCGCCCGAAAUCUUGGACAGCUAGUUGGAGGUGCUAUCAACUUGUCUAAAAAUCAUGUCAAGGGCGUCACUGGCGGUGUCACGCCUGACACUUAUGUCGCAUUUUUAAUUAUCGAGAGUUUGGCGUUACCAUUCGCCUUUCUUAUAUCACCUCUUGAGCACGUCGUCCGAUCCGACGGGACACGCAUUCUCGUCUCGGAGAAGCUCACAUUUAAGCAGGAGACGAAACUCAUCAAGUUUACCAUGUCAUCAAAGCUCAUCCUGCUUUCGGCGCUUUGGGCAGUUUGGUCCUUCUUCUAUAGCGGUACUUGGUCCACAUACUUGGCAACAUACUUCUCUGUUCGUUCUCGUGCCCUGUCAUCGCUCAUCUCGCCAUUUUUCUGCAUCAUCGGUUGCUUCGGCCUCGGAUUCAUCCUCGACAUGAAAUCCCUUAGCCAACGCCGUAGAGCGCAAGUUGGUCUAUUUACUGUCGUCGUUGUUAACACGGGUGUGUACAUCUGGUCAAUCGUGAUGCAAGCAAGAUUCAACACCACGAAUCCCGGGAAAAUCGACUGGGACGAACCCCUCUACGCUUCCUCUUUCUUGCCAUACUUCUUCGUCCAAACCACCGGUCCACUCUCGCAGUCGUACAUGUACUGGCUUCUGUCCUCAUUUGCUACAGAUGCACAAGCAAAUGUUCGCAACGGCGCUGCUUUUAGAUGUCUCGAGGCGGUUGGCCAAGCCAUCUCAUACGGCAUGAACACCCAAAUAAAAACUAGCCCCAUGAUCGGAUUUUGUGUAACAUUUGGUCUCAUGGCAGCAGCUCUAGGGCCUAUGCUAGCCCUAGUCAACUCUACGCCAGAUCGUAUUCCAGCUGAUGUGAUCCUAGAGGAACAAGAAAUUCCGGAGAAGAAGCUCGCUGAUUUCAAGGCGGAGGCAUAG